AUGCUGUACGGCCGCAUCGGAUUUCCCAAGAUCUACGAGACGGGCCUCACGCUCGGCACGGUUGCACUGGUGUCCAGCUCCGAGGCCUCGACCUGCUUUUUCGACGCCAACUCGUCCAGCAUCUACAACGAUCCCGAACGUCUCCUGGUGACCUCCUACGUCUCGACCGCCAACACGUUGACGGAGACCCCGCUGUAUGACCGAAACCAGACAUAUGGGGCGCCGAGCACCGUGACGGCCGAUAACGUCGCGGAUAUCGCGCUUUUCGUGGUCUACGAUUCCCAAAUCACGACUUUGUCCUUGACCUUCCUUAUUUCCGUCCCCUGCAUAACGGUCCUGCUCUGGGUGAUCAAGCUUUUGAUCGAGUAUAACGUGGAAGGAGAUGAUCCGUCGUCCGCAGAUCAUGUGGAAGGGAUGCAAAGGCAUUGGAAAUGA